UUAGCAUCUGUCUUUUCAUGUCAUUUUAAAAAUGACACUUAUCAUUUUUGAUCUAAGCGACGAUUAUUAAGGACAAUCUACUUCUGCUUUUAUGAUCAAUAAUUUCCAUUAAUUUUGAUCCAUUAGAAUCACCUAAAAGGUUUCAGAUUACAAUUUUCAAAUAAGACAAAUGCCUAGGAAGAAAAAAGUUAAAUCGGGGAAAAAGCAUGGCAAAAGAUUGAAGACUUCUAGGAAAAAGAAGACAGUGUUAGAAGCUAAAAUAGACAAAUUUUGUGCAGAUGAGGAAAAGUACAUUGACUUUUUAAAGCGUUCAAAUUUGUGGAUAAAAUGUCAUGCGGAGCAAUUAAAAAAUCUUCUUCAUUUAACAGCCCACUACUCAGAUUUAAACUUUACAUAUGAUGAUUUUAAAGCUGCUCUGUUAUCAUUGAAGUGUCCAUUUACAAAGUUUGAAAUCGAUGUAAUUACAAGAUUGCUUGAUAAAAAUAAGAAUGGUUUUAUUGACUAUCAGGAUUUAACAUGCAGCUUAACAAAAUUAAGUCUUGAAGAUGGAACUCUAAAAGAAUUAAGUAUUGAAAGAAUAGCAAAAUCAGAUAGAGGGUCGGUUAUUUGCAAGUUUAAUUGUUUAAAUUGUAUAAAUAUCCAUGAAAGUCCAUUGCAUUUUGAGCAGUUGGUUCCAUUAAAUACAUACACUGAAGGUUUGGUUAACAUUAUUCGUCAUAAAACGUUAUUAUGGUUACCGAAGAUUUCAAUAUUUUUAAGUGUGAAUGCCGAGCCUGCAAGUGAGCUACUAUCAGAAUUAAUGCUAAGCGAUUAUGAUCUAAAAAGUGGUGCGAAAUAUGAUGCACCAAAAUUGGAUUUGUUCUACAAACCUACUGGUCAGAUAUUAUCGAAUGAUCAUUAUACUGUCGAAUUAUUAGAUACAGUUGACACUUUACAGUCUGAUCCUGUUUUAUGGUCUAAACUUGUGACAGAAAAUAUCAAAUUUCAAGAAACUUCACAUAAUUUUCAACUACUUGCUAAUAUAGGUAGUAGUAUAAAUCCUUUCACAUAAAGUUGCCUUCAGCCUGUAAACAAUCUCUGUAAAUACUAACAGAUGGUAGAUUUAUUUUUAAACAAUUCUGACAGAUGUUUUUAUUUUUUCAAUCUACCCUUAUCUUGCCAGUAUUAUAAUUUACUAGAAAGAAAAAGUUAUUUUAAUAGUUAUAGCUUAGAAGUUUUGUUUUUUUUGUGUACCAUUGAACAUUUAACGAUAUCCUUGGAAAAAAAUUUUCUUCUUUGUUGAUUAAUAAUUAGUUAAAUUUCUUCUUGAUUUAAAUCGUUUGUAAACCCCAAUGAAUCUGACUAUAAGCUUUAAUCUCACAAUCCUUGUUUCACAGUCUAUAGUGAAUGGUAGAUCAACAGUUUCUGACAUGUCAAAUAGUUUGAAAACUUAUCCAGAUUGUACACUAAUAUGGACAGAUCCGAUAGGAUAAACCUAUUGUCUUAAGUGUUUCACAACAAUAAUAUUUUUAAAUAUUAUAAUAUUUGGUUUUCAA